UGUUUAAAUAAAUAUAAAUAUUCUCUAAAAACAAUGGCAGCGUCAAAUGCCGAACUUGUGCCGCGAGAAAGAAGUGGACACACGGCCGUGGUCUCAGAAAACACUUUAUUUGUGUGGGGAGGUUAUGUGUCAGCAGCUGAUCUUGAAGUUUUCCUCCCAAACGAUGAGAUCUGGUUGUAUGACCUGGACACUGGGUUAUGGAAUAGGUGUGACAUGAGUGGUGAAGUUCCUCCACCCAUGUCAGGUACCUGUGGUUGCAAUCUAAAUGGAAUCAUGUAUAUAUUUGGUGGUUGCAGUGAUGAUGGUCAGACCAAUGAGCAUUAUUCUGUCAAUCUCCACAAUGGGAAUUAUGCAUGGAAGAAGUUGGGACAUUGUGCAGGGUUACUGCCGACACCCCGUGACAAGCUUUCCUGUUGGGUUCACAAAGGAAGGAUUAUUUACUUUGGUGGAUAUGGUCAUAAGCUUCGCAGUGAAAUCACCAACAAUGGCACUUUUGUUGUGGAUGAAACUUCUUGGGCUGAAGACAUCUUAUGGGGCUGGAACAGUGAAGUUCAUGUGUUUGACUCAGAUUCAAGAUGUUGGACAGAACCACAGACUUUUGGGCAUGUCCCUGCCCCGAGGGCUGCCCAUGCCAGUGCCACCAUAGGUAAUAAAGGGUAUGUCUGUGGAGGACGAAUAAUGGAGACAAGAAUAUGUGACCUUCAUUGUCUGGAUUUAAAUACAUGGAUGUGGUAUGAAAUUGUUGUAACCAGCACACUUCCUUUGGGCCGAUCAUGGCAUACACUAAAUGCAGUUUCAGAGACAACACUCUUUCUCUUUGGUGGACUUAGUGUGGAUUGCAGACCCAUGAGUGAUGGUUGGAUUUUUGAUCUGAAGACAAAUCAAUGGGCAGAAAUUAAGCACUCAAACAUGGAUAAACCACGGCUAUGGCACACAGCUUGUGUGGGAGGGAACUCAGAUGUUAUUGUCUUUGGAGGAAGUCAUGAUUAUAUCCUUUUAGUGGACUCUGGUCAUUGCAAUGACAUUCUUGUGUUCCAAACCCAGCCUUACUCACUAAUACGGUUAUGUGAGGACUUCAUUGCAAGCAAUGCCAAAAUGUUUCAGACCCAGCUUGCAGGUUUACCACAUAAAUUAAUGUACAGUAUGCAGAAGAGGAUAGCCUUUUUCAGAUCCACAAAAAAAUCACAGAAUGUCAAACCACUGGAGUAAUUUUGUCUGGAAAGAUGAGAUGAUGUAUAGAACAUGUCUAUGAUGUAUAUCUCUAUGAUGAAUAUGUAGAGAAUGUGUAAAUUCGGGUAAGGUCUAGUAAAUAAUGUUAACUUCUUUUGAGGAAGUUUAACAUAUAGAGCUCUACUUCAUUGCACUCUGUUGAUUAUUCACAAGGAGAGAGGGGAAUAAACUUUCUGAAAUAAAAAUAUAUUCUUAUUUUGUGUGAAUUUACAUGAUAUUAGAGAAUAUAUAUAUUGCAAAUUAAGAAGGUUUUGAUUACUUACUUGUUAUUUAAAUUAUUAAUGUGUAAAAAAUAAUUGGUGGGGUUCAGUACAGGGCUCUGUGCACUCACACUGUGCACAACGGCACUGUGAUGAUGAAAUACGUUAUACGUUACAUCAGUUUUUCUUACCCUGAGGGCAUGAAUGUCUUUGUGAUUCUCUCUGUCCCUGUAUUUUGGUAACAGUGAGAAUAUUAAGUUGUCUGUUACUCUAAUGCCAAACUGGGAAUUCCGUUAUCUGACAAAGGUCCUUGGUUUAUUCUAGAAGCCAGAACACAAAUGCAAAACAAAAACCAACCUCACUUUUUAUAAGAAUACUAUGUACAUUAUGUAUACAAAGGAUCAAGAUAGGUCCCAAUUAAGGUUGGUGUAAUGUUUAGAUUUUAUAGUCUUUUCCAACCUCAAUCUGGAUCUGUAUGACCGCAUCCUUAGUUCCGCAAUUCAUCGACAUGAAAUAUGCAAUUUUUUGCAGUCUACAGCACAUCACUUAUCAGUUAAAAAUCAUUGU